AUGACGCUCGCUACUCUCCUCCUCGUCGCCCUGCCUUUGACUCUCGCACUGUCCAUCUUUGAUCCUCACCCGACAGUAGACAUCACUACUCCUCCCGCACGUAUCAUCGGCGCGCGCAGUAGAUUAGGUGCAGAAAGCUUCAGAGGGAUUCCCUUUGCCAAACCGCCUAUUGGGCAGUUGAGGCUUAGGCCUCCUCAGCCACUAUCUGCCCUCGGAGAAACAGUCGACACGGAAAACCCAAGAUCAUGCCCUCAGAUGUUCUUCGGUAACGAUCUGUACUCCUCGCCUUUUACGUCCGUGGUAGGAGCUAUCGCUGAAAAUCCACUGUUUCAAAAGGUCACCAAUACUGGAGAAGACUGUCUUACAAUCAACGUCCAACGACCGAAAGGGACUACAGCCUCCUCCAAUCUACCUGUGCUUUUUUGGAUUUGGGGCGGAGCUUUCCAAUUCGGCUCAACAGCGAUGUACGAUGCGGCUAUUUUGCUCAAAGAAUCGGAAAGAAACAACCAGCAGUUUAUCUUCGUGACCGCCAACUACCGAUCCGGAGCCUUCGGAUUCCUACCAGGCAAAGAGAUCAAAGCCGACGGAGCCUCAAACUUGGCCUUGCUUGACCAAAGGCUCGCCCUCGAAUGGGUUGCUGAUAACAUUGCCGCAUUUGGUGGCGAUCCUAGCAAGGUGACUAUCUGGGGGCUAUCUUCUGGAGCUGUCUCGGUCAUGGACCAAAUGCUCUUGUACGAUGGGAACAACACCUAUAAAGGCAAACCUUUGUUCCGUGGCGCUAUCAUGAAUUCUGGGAGUUUGUUUCCAGCAAAUCCAGUUGAUAGUCCGAAGGCUCAAGCUAUCUACGAUCACGUUGUCUUGAGAGCUGGGUGUUCCACGGCGCCCUCCACUCUGGAUUGUCUCCGGGGUUUGGAUUACCAAACCUUUCACCAAGCCGCAAAUUCUGUUCCCGCACUGUUAAGUUACACAUCACUCGCUCUAUCGUAUAUGCCACGCCCUGAUGGCGUCGUCCUAACCGACUCUCCGGAAGCUCUGGUCGCAGCAGGGAAAUAUGCAGCUGUGCCGACCAUCAUUGGUAACCAAGAGGACGAAGGAACCACCUUCGCCUUCUUCCAAGGGAACAUCACGAAUACCGCGGAGAUUGCCGCCUACCUUUCUGAAUAUUACUUUCAAGACGCCAACGCCACCCAGAUAGAUGAACUCUUGGCCGCGUAUCCCGACGAUCCUGCUCAAGGCUCCCCAUUCAACACGGGGAACAAGAACAAUAUCCAACCGCAAUACAAGCGCCUUUCCGCCAUCCUCGGUGAUCUCGCCUUCAUAUUCACCCGCCGGUCCUUCCUCGAAACGCAUACGUCCUUGUUCCCCGACGUCCCUGUCUGGUCCUACCUCAUGUCACACAACGCCGGCUUCACCCCGCUGGGCUCAUUUCAUGCCGGCGACCUCAUUACGAUCUUCUACGAUAAACUUGGAUUUUACACCGCGACAAAUAUACGCUCGUACUACUUCAGCUUCGUGAAAAAUUUGGAUCCGAAUGCGGACGGCGGACGUAUGCCGUGGCCGAAAUGGAGCGAAGGGAGGAAUUUGAUGCAUUUCCUCUUGCGGGAGGGGAGGCUGCUGGUGGAUGACUUCAGGAUGGAGGGCUACAGAUGGUUUAGGUCGAAUCUUGGGAAUAUACGGAUGUAG